GUUUCAUGGGGUUGGUCCCGAGCGGCGGCGUAACCGUCCCGUGGGCUGACUCCAGGUCCCGGGGAUGGCGAGGCCUCCCAGAGGGGGCCUCCUGUGCCUCGCCUGGGUCCUCUGGCUGGCGGCGGGGCCGGCAGGGGCCACCAACGAGAACUACCAGAUGAGUAAUAUUUGCAAGAAUCACUUCUUGCUAGACGUAUACCGGAAAAUAUAUGGAGCAGUCCUCACGUCGCAAAACGAGAGGAAUCUCGACUGUGCCAUCACGUUUCAGACGCACAGCAUCCUUCAGCGCUUCAUGCUCAGAUUCGAUCGACUUCAGCUCGACUGUAAUGAUCAUCUCUACAUAUACGAUGGAGCACAUGCAGUCGGCAGUUACAAGGCGGACCUCUCUUGCAGGAACACCAAACAGAGUGUCGGGGCUAUUUACACGCGCACUAAUUUCGUAACGUUAAAAUAUGUUACGGACGCCUGGGGCACGGACUCUAAUGGUUUCCGCCUCGUGAUAACCGCCAUCAAGGAUACGAGACACUCCUGUAAUGAUUUUCGGUGCACCCUGAAGGAAUUUUGCAUAAACACUGCGCUAAUUUGCGACGGCGUUAAUCAUUGCGGGGAUGGCUCAGACGAGGCUGCAUCCACGCUAUGUGCAAACACGGAGGCGUCGACGAUUUUGGGGAUGGACAUGACAUGGUUCGCGGUGGCUCUGGUCUUCCUGGUCCUCAGUUUGGCCGGUCUCGUAGCUGCUGGGAUUUUGUGCUUCUGCAGACAACACGGGACAAGUCCCAGACAUCUCCAUAACACCCACGACCAGACUCAUCCUCCUGUCAGCUAUCCCUAUGUACGGAUCGAACGGAGCGAGCGCCGGGAUGCCCCUGGGCAUGACCAACCUGAAGACGAGCCUAGGGACCGGGACUUUGGGCCCCAUGGGACCCACGGUGGGGGGCAUCACGGGGGCCACAACCCUUCCUCGGCCGGGAAACUUGCUGCACCCUGCGGGCCUCAGGCACGGGCACAGCGUGGCACGGGUCCGCCUCUACUGCCAGGCAAAGUGAGGAGCCACGGCUCGGACAGUGACAUCUCCUCCAGCCAGAAAGACGAGUGGUUCGUGUAGAGGCAGGCCCGGACCAGAGCCCGCAGGGUGAUAAGAAGGCGGUGGUGCCCUCACCGCUGAAAUUCGGCGACACCGGGUUGCAGACCGUCUCGAUGACCGUGUCGCCAUUUUUCCAAAGGACCGUCGAGAGGAAGUUGGAAGCGACCGAGAGCGAGAGACGACCCGGACAUAUUGAAAUCCCCCCAGCAGGGAGGCAGCGAGGAGGGAGCCCGGACUCCGACCCUGAAGUCGAACCACGAAGUGCCUCGAGCACGGGGAGCACCGAGGACGGGAUAUCCGGAAUCUCGAAGGAUCAGCGACGCCGUCGACUCGUCUCUCGAGUAAUCAGUGCACGGAUCGAUAAGGUCUGCGGGAGAUACUCGAGAAGGAGCGCCUUUCCCCCGUCCCCGUGCACCGGCUUCGAGAUCGUCAUCGCGGGGGGUCGGCGCGAUUCGGGACGAGGAUUUUCCAAGGCUCGACUUAAGGCGACCAGAAAGGCUCUACGCUCUACUUAAACGAAACCAUCCUACAAACAGUACACCGAAAGCCUCCCACCUAAACCCAAAGGCCCCGUAGAAGGUCCCUACGCCCUUAAACUUCAAUUUCCCACGGUAUCAAGGAAUAUUUAUAAACAAAUUUAUGGUGGAAUUCAAUUAUCUUGGGUGGAGGAACCUUCUCUAGGGAGUUCCUAAACCGUGUGGUGGUGUUUCAAAGGAUUCGAGUUAGGUCCUUCGGAGUAAAGUGUCGCUCAAGGGAGUAGGGUCGGCAGUUUCUAAUCGCCUUAAGGCUCGUCCUUCGUCGACUUGUCGUCCUUGUCAGGGAUCACCCACGGAUGGACAUAUUACCGGGGAUAUCGAGGCGUCUUUCUCGACGUAUCUCGUCCUGGAACGCGUUUAUGUACUUGAUUCGUUACGUAGAUAGAGUUAUGUAAGUCAGGUGUUGUACUUCGUAUUAGAGAGACAGGUGGAUUUACCUGUCGCGCGAGUUGGCGACUCCUGGAGACGACGGAUCCUCGUGUGCGUAUGCGUGGGUGUGCGUCUGGGUCUUUCGACCACGCGAUUAACCUUUUAGGGGAGCGAAUUCGCGAGCUGUUAAUUAUUGCAGGAACGAUAUUGCCACGUUCGCGUUUCUAAGCCGUCGGGAUUCUUGGUCAGCGAUUUUUAACCCCUCGACGCCUGUUACUUUUUCCCACGCCUCGUGUACUUGGCGCGAACCUCUACCGAGUUUCUUCCCUCCUGUCGAUUUGUCAGAUUUAUUUUUCUAAUCCAUCGUCCCCCUAAAUCCAAUGCGACUUCUCUUUUUUACUAAUCCAUAAUCCCGGAAUACCCGAGAAUGUCUCUCUUGCCGCGCACUUCGAAUUUAUUCAAAUCUAGUCAAAUCAAUUCAAAUCAAAAGGCGAUACUAAGGUGAGGUUAUGUCACCCUUUGGAGAGAUAAAGGUGGUUCCUCUGGAAAGCUUUCUCGUGGUUUUGCUGGAUUACUCUUUUUUUUUCUAGAUUAUUUCGUAUUUCCACGACGUAGCCCUUGGGGAAUAGUAGAGAUCGAUAUAUUUUAUGCAUCCCUAAACGCAGGCGUUGAGGGGACGAAAGUGGAGGUUAUCCUCGUAGAGACGAAGAGUAGGUUGUUUAAUAUUUUUUUUUCCAUUCCACUCCGUAUAUUUCAUCCCCUUAAAUUGAAGGGAACGGCAGAGGGAAGAUGAAUAAUUAAAUCCACGUCAAUUAAGCAGCAAUCCUUGCUGACAAUUUUUUAAAAGGUAUCUUUAAUGGCGAUCAUUCCUGAUCCCUUUUGUUAGACUUUUAUAUUAUUUUCUACUAGAUCGUUUCGGCUCGUCUUAAGUUGCUUGCAGUCAAUAUUUAAUUUUCUUAUCGUCAAAGAAGGAAUAUUGGGCCCUUGCCAAGGAGAUUUGGCAAGGAAAGGCUCUUCAAGGUGCUGACCUCAGGAAGGGCCAUUUUAAUGUCUCGAACUUGAAGAAAUCUUAAACGAGCCGAGCCUCUACUUGGCACGACAGGGUCGCAAUAAUAAAUGCAGAGAAACGUGUAAAGAUUAUUCAUAUAUUUUUUUUCUUCAGACUCUUUGCAGCUUUUAUUAAAUUCUCCGGGAUAAUUUUCGGAAAUCUUCGGGGAGAAAGAGGAGGGAAACGGCGAAAUCAUGAAACGCGCGCGCGACAAAUUCAGUAUUUAGGUCUACUUGUAAUAUACUUGUAUCUACCAUUAGCCGUUCAGCUUUGUGCCGUCUUUAUAGUUAAUGAAAGCGAAAAAAAGUAUUAUAUANAAUAUAUGUAGAGUUAUAAUAGUGUUCGCGCAUGGAAGAGAGCGAUGUAUCGAGUGAAUGGGUUUUCAUGAACAAGGGAGCCGAUAAUUACGGAAGGAGUAAUUAAUCAAUAGAGGAUAAGCUGAUACGACUCGCCUUGACCGACUAAUCGAUUCGAAAUGAUAUCUGAUGGUUCUUCUUCGGUAUAUUAAUUAUACUAAGCGUUACCACUGCCGAGUUACGGUUUACAAUUACCACCGCGACAAUAGGAUCGAAAGACUGGUCUUCGGGGUAGGUCUUCAGGAACGGAGUCCUAUCAUUUUGUUAAUCAAGGUGUAAAAGAGUUUCGACAGUCGAGUCGGGUGAAACGAGAGAUUUAAGAUUUGGAGCUUAGCAUGAAUUAUUAAUUCCAAUUUUUCUUUUAUUUUUUUUUUUUUUUCUUAUUCUUGAUUAUACUUGGAAAAUUCAUUUCCUUAUCGGAGACCUGCGAUGCGGUUUUUAUUUCUCUUCGCUCGCGGUCCGGAUGUUUUUGUUUAUUUUUUUUUUAUUUUUUUUCGGUUUCGUCGCUUAUCGCUUAUCAAGGAGAGGCGAGAUUUAUUGGUUGGUCUUGAGUCUUGAAUGAGAGAAUCCAUGAUAGGGUAUGCAGAGUAGAGGAAUGUGUAUUGUCCAGUACGGUUUUACGUGUUGCUUAUGACGGGGGUUGUAAUUUGGAAAAAGAAGAAAAAAAUGUACGUCGACGUCUUCGGACGACCGACUGUAGUAAUUAGGACCUGUAAAGAAACAAGUGGUAUAAAAUGUUAACGAGGGAAAUCCGAUGUCUGUAAGUACAUUCGGUCACAGAGAAGCUAGCUUUUAAACUGCCAUGGGGAGGAAGAGGGCGACAGGGGAUGUGGAUGUUGCAAUUACGCGGAUAAGUAAGAAUAGGGUUUUAGGAACUGAUAAUUAUUCGUAACAUUUAUUCCGAGUCCACGUUCUAGUCACGUCUUGCUUUGACAUGUAUUGUAAAGGGAAAAUUAACGGGAGGAGGGAGGACGAAAUUCGGCGUAAUUCUUGAGAACUCGUAGGACCGUAAGAUUAUUGCAAAAUAAAAUAAUCGCGUGAUUAUUGCACGUUUUGUAAGACCGUAUUUAUACGAGAAAGCAUGAGAAUGGUACUUUGGAUCGUUUAUUUCGCUUUGUUUUAGGUAAACAUUCUCGGUUUUUUUUUUUUGUAACGUAAUAUGUAUUUUAUUUUUGCCACGAAAAAUUACAUCGUCUUAAUGCGAGCUAAUGGGAAUAGUGAAAUCAUUAAAAUGUGGGAUUACGUUUCGCAGGAUUCAUUGAGACGGUGAUAUGAAUGAUGAGAAUCAAUAAAUGACGUGCGAAAUGGCACGAAUUAAAAUUAGCGUAAAUUGAAAAUCUUGUACAGGUUCAAUUUGUGCGCACGUGUGAGGGGGUUUAAUUAAGAUCACGGUUUGCGUUUCUUGUAAUCAUUGUUUUUCUGGGAGAUUCAAAUGAGUCGCGGUAUGAAUUGUCAUUCGAUUUUGGGUGAUUUCGGGAUCCCACUUUUAUUUCGCUAUCUCUAAAGAUCAGAUAAUAUCGUCAAUUAUUUAGCAAUAAUAGGGCAAGUUCGAGUCUCAUUCAACGAGGAUGCUUCUGAUUAAUUAAUGUUUAUAAAUGCAAAUGAAUGGAUAGGAUAAGCGUAGAAUUUGUAUGGUGUUAAUCAUUUGAAGUGAUUCUUCAAUUUGUGUUAUUAUCGUAAACGCUGUUAGGUCGAAUAUUUUCGUGCGAUAUUACCGAUCAUAUGUGCUAAAGGCAAAUUUGUAAAGUAUAAUAAAUCUCGCAUUUAGUAUUAACAUUGCACGGCGGUGCGCAAUUGGCGAUUAACAGUCGAAGACUUUCCUCAAAAUUGUCGUGCCUUAUUUUCCAGUUAUUGACGGUUCAUUAUUCUAAAAUUGUUAAUUCUGAGGCACUCUGUUUUUUUUUCAUGUUUACUCUACCGAGCAAUCUUUCGCUUUUUAAUUACACUUCCCGUGUGGCGAUUGUUUAAAAGAUGUCCUUGUAGGGUUAAUCGUAAAAUCGGCAGCGAAAUGACUCCGUACAUUUUAUUUUUCUCUCUCUCUCUCAUGUGCUGCAACAUUUCUCUCUCGAAAUUCUUCCCAUAGCGUAAAUUUAAGAAACAAUUGUCAUCGAAAAUCGAGGAAUGCGUUAAUCGGUGAUCAUCCGGGAUUUUCGUUGCGCUCUCGUGAAGGUCUUAUCGCAAGAUAUUUAACUGAUAAUCUAUGAUAAUUGAGUCGAAAACCAAGUGCACAACUCAAUGAAGCACAAGAGCAAGAAUAUUUAAGGCGAACGAGAGUAUAACCGGAACAACAAAAUUUUUGCCUUCUGGCCUUCUCCAUCGAGUACUGUAUGGAUUUUUAAUUUCUUCAGCCCAAUACUUCUCGUAUCCAAUAUUUUCAUUAAAUUAAUAUCGAGAAAUAUAUUAAGAGUUCUGAGGUCUCUUGGACAAAGGGGGAAGAUUUAAACAUUUUUCACGAACCCCUUCGACGUAGUUCGGCGAAAAGUUGACGAACUUUUCUCUCAUCACCGAUGCAAUUGACACGUGAGAAAAAACAUCGACAUAUCCGAAAAUCGCCAAUUUUCCAGAAUGCAUAUCGAGCCCGUACAUGUCAUUGCUGUUUCCUUUAGGUCGUAAGAAUAGGAAAAAUGAAAAAUGGGAGAAAAGUCAUAACAAGAGAUAUGACCCAUUGUUAAUUUAAGUCGCUCGUUCAGUGACCAAGCGUUCCCUUCAAACUGGAUAAAAAGAAAAGAAAAGAAAUCGAAAUGCAACCCUGCGAAUGCAAAUGUCAAAAAGAGCAAAGAAGUAUUUCGUUAAUUCGAAGAUGCAUUACUUGAUCGAAAUGACCUGGAAUAAAUAUUUAAUUGAGUUGAUAAAUUUAUUUGAGUUGAUUCGAGUCACUUGAAUUUACGGAAUAUUUCUUCGCUGAUUUUUUAGGGAAUCGUACCUUCGGUUAAAUGAAUCUCUUUUUUGCUUUUCUUGAUGCGACGAAGACAGGAAUUUUCCUUCGACAUAGGUAGAUUAAUCGGCGUGUUAAUGAUUAGGUAGAAAAAAGAAGAAAAAAAAUGAACAAUGUCAGGAUCAUUGUCACUCGCUUUCGGCGAUGAUCAACUCGUCUCAAGACACUUCGUCGAGUCUAAUGAGACUGUCAUUAAGGACGUCAUUUUCACUCCGGUCGCGAAAUCGAAAUCUGGGCCGAUGGUCCACGCUUCCUAAGCUUAUCAUCAAGCAAUAUUGACGCGAUACCUUGAAGACCUCAUUUUCUGAGGUCAUUGUAAACGUUUAACUACACUACGAUAUCGGUACUAUUAAGUGGACGUUCUAUGCUCGUUUCAUCAGGUCUGUGUUAAGAGAAAGACGCGACGACUGGUUAAUUAAAUCGGGAGAAGGGACAACAAAGUAAUUAGAAAUUUUUCAAGUCAAGAUCAUUAGCGACAUCUUGUCGCGAUCACAAUGAAUGGAUUACAUUCCGAUAAUUGCUCGCUAAAAACCGAGUGAGAUAAAAAAUUGUCACUCUCGUGACUUUAGAGAGAAAGAAAAUACGAAAUUCUUAUGUCUACCGACACAUCGCCGCAGUUUUUCACCCAAAAUUAAUUUUUAUCUGACAUUCAAUGUUGAUUUCCGGCAUCGUAAACUUUUCGGCGAGUAGGGUACUUUGAAUGUAACAAAUGGAAAAAUAGAUUGUCAACCCUUGAUGGGGUGAAACUAGAGGAGGAAAUUCUUGGCAAGGUUUCGGUAUUUUUAUUUUACAGUUUUAUAUUAUUCAGGAUAUUAGCUUAGGCUUUGUUUUGUUAUUUAUUAACGCAGAGGGUGUAGACGUGAAACCUGGUUGAGGUGGAAAUUGAAUAAAUCGCAUUAACUUACGAAACUCGAGGUCAAACUUGAUGAGCGGAGCAUGGAGCACGACGUAACAAUAAGAAAUGGAAAACGAUACAAUAAUUUUCAUACUGUUUUUACUUUUAUUACUACUGUUACAUAUGAUUGUAAUAUCGACCCUACAGUGUGCUAGACAUUGAGACGCAUUAACACGUGAAAUACGAAUACCUAACAUGCAUGUGUACUCUUAGUUAACUAAAAUUAGUCGUCGAGAAGUCUCUUCGAGGACGAAAUACCUAAAAGUAGUGACGAUAAAGAAGGACUCAUCGAGCGAGGUUGCGAAUUAGCGGGAAUUUGCAGGCGCGGCGAUCUCUCGUAGAAAUAAAAUAAAAAAAAAAUAGAGAGAGGGGAAAUAGAAACCGUGAAAAAUUGCCACGGCUCCCUGAAAGGACAGGCUUUCAGGAUUAAUGAAAUUCGGGCCUUUCCGGGGAACCUAGUCAUCCCUAAAAAUUCGAGCGAGGGUGCGACUUAGCGCGAAUUCCCAGACGCGGCGAUCCCUCGUAGAAAUAUAAUUAAAAAAUAGAGAAACGGGGGAUAGAAACCGGGAAAAAUUGCCACGGCUCCUUGAAAGGACAGGCUUUCAGGAUUAAUGAAAUUCGGGCCUUUCCGGGGAACCUAGUCAUCCCUAAAAAUUCGAGCGAGGGUGCGACUUAGCGCGAAUUCCCAGGCGCGGCGAUCCCUCGUAGAAAUGUAAUAAAAAAUAGAGAAAGGGGAGAUAGAAACCGGGAAAAAUUGCAACGGGUUCUUGAAAGGAUAGGUUUUCAGGAUUAAUGAAAUUCGGGCCUUUCCGGGGAACCUAGUCAUCCCUAAAAAUUCGAGAAAAAUGUGCAUCGGGGAUCGACGGGCGUGCAAUGGCGUCUUGGAGUGGGCGCGUAUGACCAAACUAUAUUACUCGGUAAAGCGAUAUACAUCCUGCGAAAUUCGAUAACUCGAUUCGAUCUCAACGAGGAGAGAGAGCUCGGUGUAAGGUAACGUCAUCGUAGGUGAUAUCUCACUUAGCUUAAAAUCAACUGAUCCUUGCAUUUCGGGGCCGAGUGCAAAGAGAACGAUGCAAAAAUGGCGCCCCUACAAAAUAUGCACAUCCCCGAUUAUAUCCUAUAUCACAACGAUGGAUCCUAAUCAAUUGUUACAAUUCUCCACGCAAUAACCAGUGGUCUAACUAAAAGUUAAAACAAAAGGUAAAAUAAUAAGAAUUUAUCCCUCAUUUUUGUUGAAUUUAAAUAACAACAAAGUGGCGUUAGAUUUUUUCAGACAAAAAGAAAAAAGUCACUUGGAUUGUUGUUUUCACAAGUAAAGUUUCGGACAGUGCCUUUUGACUGGAUAAGACACGGAUUUAUCGGUCAUUCGUGUGUUUAUUUGUUAAUAAUUAAUUUCCUGACGUGUCUCGUGAUUAUUGCGGAAUUUGGAUUAUGAAGCCGCCAUUUUUCUUCCCAUUUCGAGUUGCCCCGAAUUUCCUGAAAUUUAACGAGUGUCGGAAAAUGUACGAGUGAUUUUAAUAAAGGCUUCAGGAGGGGAAAUGACGUUUUAUCGAGAAGGAACGACAUUUUAUCCUUGCAUCGUUCUCAUUGUUAUUCGGAGCGCGUUGGAAGGAUGAUCUCCUGUGGUUCCUCCAUGGAACCGGACAAGUUAACUUGUUUCAUAUUUGUACUUUAUGUUUAGACGUGAUAGACUAGGAUCAACGAGAAUCGGCGUGAUUCGAAGUUGUAAACCGUGCUGUCAUCCGGCAUCUCGAAUAGCGCUACAAUUACG